GACAUGAUGUUUCGUGAAAGUAUUUUUUUAACGUUAGGCAUUAUACUGAUCGGAGGAGUGUGUCUCGUCAGAUCAAGUAAAUGUCUACCCAGAGAUUAUGGAAAGGGAAGUGUUGUCUGCGUUUGUAACGACAAUCAUUGCGACAGUACUCCACCAGUUAAACCAGUUCCUCGAGAUCAAUAUGUUGUAUAUACCUCCAAUGAAGCAGGUUUAAGAUUUGAAAAAGAGGUUAAGCACUACACAAAUGCUAAAUCAGGAAAACAUUGUUUCGUACCGCCAAACGAUGAUAUCUGCAAAUAUGACUACCAAACCAGCCUCAAAGUAUGUGGAGUCCUUACACCAAAUCAUCUUAUACCUAGCGCAAAUAUCUUUGUCGAACCAUCUCUUCUUUAUCAAGAAGUAUUUGGUUGGGGUGGAGCUGUCACUGACGCCACUGUUAUAAAUGUUGCUAAUAUGAGCGCUGCCCUUCAGGAACAUUUGAUAAGAUCGUACUACUCCGAGGAUGGUCUAGACUACAACAUGGCUAGAGUUGCUAUGGGUGGAACUGAUUUCUCAACACGCUUUUAUUCUUACCUUGACACUCUCGAACACGUUGUAGAUUGUGUUGAUUUUAGCUUAAAAGACUUUAAGCUGGCACCAGAGGAUAUCGAUCUUAAGAUACCAUUCAUUAAAAGAGCACGUUUACUAAGAAACGAUUUAAAACUAUUCUCGAGCACAUGGGUGCUUCCUACAGCAUACAAGGAAAACAACAGCUACAUGGGAUUUUUGGGUUUUAUUAGAAAAGAAGUAUAUCAACUGUUAGCUAAUUACUACGUAAAAUUCUUUGAUUUAUACAAAGAAUAUGACUUAGAAUUCUGGGGUGUUUCAUCAACCAACGAGCCUUUUAUCGCUAUGGCCGAAUUUAGUAUUCCUGGUACUCCAGGAAAUCUUUGGACGCCAGAAGAAUUGGGAAUUUGGAUCAGGGAUUACCUAGGACCUACAAUUAAAGCGUCAGCUCAUAACCAUCUUAAACUGAUGACUGUAGAUGAUCAAAGAAGUUUAUUGAGAGUCGUUCCAGAGAUCAUCAGAGACGAAUUAACUGCAAAGUACAUAGACGGAUUUGCCACACACUUUUACAUGGAUUUCCCAAACAAUACCUACUUAUUAGACGAUGUUCACAGAGAUUAUCCUGACAAAUUUAUUAUGUCUACAGAAGCUUGCGUAGGUGCCCUUGGAAUCUUUUUGGGUGACUGGUCCAAUGCUGAGACAUAUGCUUACGAUAUUAUUCAGAACAUGAACCACUGGGUAACAGCAUGGGUUGAUUGGAAUAUGGUCCUAGAUACUCAAGGCGGUCCUAAUGUCGCUGCUCCAAGAGAUGCACCAAUUUUAAAUAACGGCACCGAAUUUUACAAACAGCCACUUUAUUAUGCAAUUGGACACUUUUCCAAAUUUGUACCACCAGGUUCCAGAAGAAUUUACUCAUCCCAAUGUAAUGAAAAUGAAUUGGUCACUCAAGUUGCCUUUGAACGUCCCGAUGGAGGAAUUGUAGUGGUCAUUUUAAACAGGAGUGAAAAACAAGUCGAGAGAAAGAUUAUUGACUGCAAGAAGAACAACAUUAAUUUAGAUUUAAGUCCACGUUCCAUUACAACUGUCUUAUAUUGGUAAAAG